AUGUCUGCGGAACACAACGUGACCAAGGUUCUGCUGGAAUGGAUCAACAGCUUUUCCCUGGGCAAAACACUACGGGCCACAGAUGAACUGACAGAUGGGAUCAUCCUUUGGGAAAUCCUCCAGGACAUCGAUCCGCAAUACUUCCUCGACGAAAUCCCCGAGCGCAAUCCUGACAAUCAUUGGGUGGCCAAAUGGCAGAAUUUGAAACACAUUCAUAAACUCCUGUUGAGCUAUAUUCGACACCAAAACGACGAAACGUUACCGUCAGGCCUCGACCCCUCCCCAGAUCUCGAAGCCGUCGCGGAGAAAGCAUCUUCCAAAGAGACGAAUAAACUGGUGAAGCUGCUCCUGAUCGCCGCGAUCAGCUCCCCCAAUGCGGAGACCUACGUUCAAACCCUCCAAGGGUUGUCAACAUCGACUCAGGAGGGGUUGAAGGAUAUAAUUGAGGAGGCACACAAUGGUCAACAUGAGCCCUUGGAUGCAGCUGAUGAGCUUCGGGAGGAUCUGGCAAAGAAUCCUCCAGUUGACUUAGAGCUGCAAUUCGAGGAACGUGUUGGCAAGGUGCUUGCGGAGAACGAUCGCCUUUCGCACGAGAAAAAGGAGUUGGAGAAGGCGUUGGAGGACCUGCACAAUCGCCUGGCGCGCUUGCAAGAGAACAACGAUACACUUCAAAAUCGAUUGGCCUCUACCGAGGAUCGUUUAGUCACCCUUAAGUCCGGCAAGGGUGAUCUGGGUUUCAAUGCCAAAGCUUUGGAGAGCAAGACCCGUCAACAAGAUGAUCUCAUCGCAUCCCAGGAGGCCAAAUUAUCAGCUGCCCAGGAUGAGGUGGACAGUCUUCGUAUGACCGUAGAAUCGUUGAAGGUCAAGAAUCAACGCUACCAGAAGUUGCAAGAUGACUACGAUGAGCUCCGCACGGACAGAGACCAGCUCGCGCGCAAGGCUAACGCGGCAGAGAAGUAUCGCCAGAAACUCCAGGCCAGUCAGGAUUUUGAGAAAGAGAACCAAACUCUCAAGAAUCAGAUCACAGAUCUUCAGCAGCAGUUGAAGGAGACCGAUUCGCAGCAACGGUGGACCUCGGAGCGUGACGUGGAACUCGAAGAGUAUCGCAAACUUCUUCCUCGCAUUGAGCAGGAGUGUAGUGAGAUCCAGAACCUCAAAAAGCAGCUUGAAUUCAACAACCACGCGCUUACUGAACGACUUCAGGGUUCUGAUGAACAGCACGAAAGAGACGAUGCCUUGAUCAGUGAACUUCGUGAACGUCUGCGCGAAUUGGAAGGUCUACCAGGCAGUCCUUCGCCGGGCUCGGAGACACCUAAAAUGCAAGGAACUUUGUCCAAGGAUUUCGAGUCAAUGAGCAUGAAAGAUUCUCAGCUUAAAUCCGAACCCGAUGAGUCGAAACGAGAGGGAGAUUCAUUCAAGGUCCCAUCAGCGCCGGAGGCAGGUGGAUCAAAAAUCACUGCCUGCAUAUCAAUCGCUAACUCCGUCUCUAGCGAUGAAUAUUGGAAAUUAUACGAGACUUAUACCAGCACAUUAAAGAGGCUUGCGGAAAUUCAGGAUAGUCUGGAAAGUACGAAGAAGGACCUGUCCGAAGCACAAACGCAGAUCGGUCUUGUCGACAUGGAGAAGACCGAGAUGUUCCGCGAGCUUGAAGAGCAAAACUCUGUCGAGUUAUCUAAGCUCCGCGAAGAUUGGGGAAAUCUCACUAAGAAUAUCCACCACAUCGAGGCUGAGUUGGAUGCAAGCCAAACCUUAGUUCGUGAGGUUUGCUCUGAACGAGAAGAGCUGCGCAAGAUGCUUGACAACAAACAGAACGAAAUUAGCGUCGAGGACCAGGAGGUCAUGAAUGAGAUGCAGAUGCUUCUAGGUGAAUUCGAGAUGCACAGCAGUGAGGGUGGCGAAGUAUCCCAGAAGUCUAGCUUCGAGCUGCUUAAACAGUGCGCUGGGGUAUUGGAGAAGAAUGUUGAGCGUCUGGCUCAGCGUGCAGAGUAUAUCCAACAACAGAAUGAACUUAUUAAGUCUCUCCGGGAGAGCUUGAAGAAUUAUGAGGAGAACUUGGAUGACGGCAUUCCUAAGGAGCGAGAAGUUGAACUUCAGAAAAUUAUUGAUGGUCAAGCUCGAGAACUCACUCUUGUGAGCUCCGCCUGGUACCAUCUUCAAAGCCGAUGGCAAAAUAACAACAUGACCGUGUCGCGCUAUCGACAAGGCCCGAGUAUGACAGAUCCACGAGGCUGGCUGGCCAAGCAACGAAGUGCAGUUGCUGGUUAA